CUGGCAACCCUGAUAUAAUACAAAACAAAUCAAUCCGAUCAAUCUGGAGCUUACAUUUAUUUGUUGACCUUCGAAGAACUAACAGGCAGGCAGAUUAGGCAAUCAUCAUCACAAUGUCUGAGAAAAAGAGAGCUCUCUUCAUCUGUCUAGGAAACAUUUGCCGCUCUCCCAUCGCCGAAGCGGUGUUUUUGAAGACAAUCGCCGACGAUGGUGUGGCUGAGCAAUGGGAAGUAGACAGCGCCGCUAUCGGUGAUUGGCAUGUAGGAAAUCGGCCAGAUCACCGGGCACUGUCCACGAUGGAGAAGCACAGUCUACCGUACGAUAAUCGGGCGAGACAAAUUACCAAAGCGGAUUUCGAUCACUACGAUUACAUUUUCGGUAUGGACAAGGAAAACAUGUCCCAUCUCAAGCGGAUGGCACCGAGCGGUGUCUCGAAGGCGAAACAGUUGCUGCUGGGAGACUUCGAUACGGACGCACCCGGAAAAAUAAUCCGCGAUCCAUAUUAUGAGCAGGGGGCGAACGGAUUCGAGCAGUGUUACGUGCAGUGCGUUCGUUGCUGUAAUGGGUUCUUGGCUAAAGUUCAGAGAGGUGAAAUUUAAAAAUCAGUUGUAUUUGUUCUGUUGACGAAUGUACGAGUUAAAAAACUGUAAAAUUUGCAAGAUUUCUUACAACAA